GACUGGGCAUUAAUGUGCAUGAGCGGCCGUAUUUAUAGGUAUGAGACAGAACUAGUUUUUUGUCUCACUUCUUGAACACACUUUUACGGGUUCUUUUCCUCUUUCAUUAAUAUAAGUUCUAUGGGCUAUAGAAGCAUUGCUACAUCUUGCACUGUAUAGGUUACGUGUGUUUCGUGAAUCUUGAUGACUGCGGCUUCUGACUUCUAAGAGCCUUUAAUUUUCCUCUUUAUGAAUUAAUUGAACGUAUUCGGGAUGAACGCGAAGGAAAAUUCCACGGCGUCGACGGCGAAGGGCACGAACGCGCCGAGUGCAUCAAACGCGAAACCCUACGGCAAGAUCGUGUUGACGUUGCAAAAUUGUCUCCUGCCUGAGGAGAAAUUCAACUCCACCCCGUCGCAUUUGGAUGGUCUUGAUGCGGAAACUGAAACGGACCUGCGGAUACUGGGAUGCGAACUUAUACAAACGGCUGGCAUCUUGCUCAAGUUACCGCAGGUUGCAAUGGCUACCGGGCAAGUAAUAUUCCAACGAUUUUAUUAUAGUAAAUCUUUAGUUAGGCACAACAUGGAAACAACUGCAAUGGGUUGCAUCUGCUUAGCCAGCAAAAUCGAGGAGGCACCUAGGCGCAUCAGGGAUGUGAUUAAUGUUUUUAAUCACAUAAAACAAGUGUCCAGUCAAAAAGCGAUACAACCUGUAAUUCUCGAUCAGAAUUAUGUAGCUCAAAAAAAUCAGGUGAUCAAAUCAGAGAGAAGAGUGUUGAAAGAACUGGGUUUUUGCGUUCAUGUAAAACACCCACACAAGAUCAUAGUCAUGUAUCUGCAAGUAUUGGGAUAUGAGAAGAAUCGCACACUGAUGCAACAAAGCUGGAACUACAUGAACGAUUCAUUGCGCUCGGACGUGUUCUUGCGUUAUCAGCCAGAAACGGUGGCAUGUGCAUGCAUUUAUCUAGCUGCUCGCCAAUUGCAGCUACCUCUACCCACGUCGCCCGCUUGGUUCUCCUUGUUCAGAGUCAGUGAAUCGGCAAUCAGAGACGUGUGUCGGCGUAUACUGCGUCUUUAUACGCGACCGCGCGUGAGAUCUGAACAGCUGGAGAAACGUGUCGAGGAAUUACGACGUCAAUACGAAGAGGCCAGAACCAAGGCGCGUGGCGGAGAUGUUGACGGGCACACUCCGAGUCCACCAUUGCCGAAACAUCACAAUGCAUGGGGUGGCUUUAUCAGUCGCAGUGGUACACAUGCAGCUCCUGAAAGAACAAAGUCACCUAGACGCUCAAAAUCUCCAAGCACUUCCCCAUCACGAGGUGAAGAAACAAAAUAUUCUUCUGGUAAGCGGAAAAGACAUAGCAGAAGUAGAUCCCGAAGUCAUAGUCACAGUAGAUCCAGUAAACCCAAAAAGACACAGCGAAGACGAUCAGGUAGCCAUAAGUCGUCACGAAGAUCGCGUAGUUACAGAUCACGAAGUCGAUCUCGGGAUAGAGACUUGGAGAAAUCGAGCAAACACCGUAGUAAACGUAGUAGACGGCUACAUUAAAUACUGAUAUGUCUAGCCAGAAAUGUGAUUUUAUUCUGCGAGAUAUCGUGAAUAAAAUCAUUAUAAUCAAUUUGCAACAUAAAGCAAGACUUUACAGGUCUACUGCAAUUCUUUAGUUUUUUUUUCUAAAUUAAUACUCAGGUUUUCGAGAUUAUCUUAACGAGUUUCACACAAUUGCUAUCAAUAGUAUAUCAUUACAUUCUCACAAUCUUGGUUUGUAUUUUCAUGGUUUACAUAUUUAAUUUAUAUUAAAAAUUAUGAGGCAGAUAAAAAUAUGUGUAAUUUUUAAAAAAAUAUUAAAUUAAACAUAUAAAGCAUUUUCUAUAUUUUGAGUUUAUAGAAAUUUGUCUGAAAAAGAAUGAAAAUAUACCUGAUUCUAAAUGUGUAACAAUAUACUUUUGUAAAUGUUUAUAAUACCUGACGGAUUUAUAAAAAACUGUUUAAUGGAAGCGAAUAUAUAUCUAUAAUCAGCAUUUAUGCAAGCAACAGUGUGUCUGCAAUUACACUUUUAAAAUUACAUUUCCAUUAUCUUAAUUACCUAUCAUUAUUUAAGUUUAAAUUUUAAUAAUCAGAUAUAUACGUUCUUAAAAGAAUAUUAAUUUAAUAUUGCAAUUACGUUUCGUAAAGCCGCCAUACCUCGAAUAACUAGUAACAUGGUAUAAUAUUUUAAAGGAAAAGUAUGUAUGGAAAUAAAAAUAUUAAAGAAAGGUGUGUAUCAAAAGUAUGCAACAAUAAAAAAA